AUGGAUGUAACUAAAACGCCAGGUUUGGGGGAGCGGGGAAAUGAAAUUUAUUAACUUGUCAGUAACACAGUUCAUCCAAUUCUCUUCUUUCAGUUCCCAUUCUUCAUUUUCCCGGCGUUCCCCGUGCUCGUUCCCCUUUUUAGUAACAUUCCAAAUUUAAUUGUUAUUGUUUCGCGAGGGUUUAUCUCACGUGCUUUGGAAUCCAUAAACCCAUUGAGAUUUUAUUCUUAAUGACUUUGUUCUAUUUACCGCAAAUCAGAGUAGAUUGAAGACACACACUUGACACACCUUUUGUUGGUUCUUUAUCAUGUUUUGCUGCAGUUUCGAUAACAAACUCUCCAUUAGCUCAAUUAAUCACUAUUGAAAUCUGUUUUGCUGCUUGACGAGAGCCGAGGCAAUAAAUGUCACCCUCAUGUACGCCUACUUUUGCUACUGACCCCAAUGAAAUCAAUAAUCGGCUUUGAUGACGGCCGAAUGGGAUCGACCUUCCACAAAAUUCCUAUUCAUUUGAUAUUAUUCGACUAGCAAUUUCCGAUUCCUCGACAGUCAAUAUACAGAUCUGUUUGAUAGAUAACAAAUAUGAAAAUCGGCUUUGAAACUGAAAUACCGCGGAAUUUGUAAGCAUAUUAUUAAUCCACGCCAUCUACUCGUGAUCAUGAUUGUUUUAAACCUGUGUGGCCGGCCAGCCUCUAGAUUCUUUUGUUAAGCGAAACUGUCACUCGCGGAUUAAUUUGGUUGAGUGGAAGAGCAGAGUUUAAAAGAAUGUCGGGGUGUAACUAAGAGUUAUUGGAUAAUGUUAUCCACGCCGUCUAGGAGAGAGAACACUUUAACACGAAAAGUGGCUAUUUGCAUUAUUGUCAGUGACUGAAGAAGGACCCUGUAUCAAAUACGUACUACAAAAAUACGAAUUGGAGCAAUUAACUGAAUACGCGCAAGUGGACCAUUCUAGAUUGGCUAUGAAAAGUUCAAUGGAUCGUCGCGAUGCCAUAUCCAAACUAAAGACAAAUCUUGACAGAAUCAUGGAGGAGACUGAGAAUAUUUUGAGAAAUGAAAAAGCAGUUACCUCCCCGCGUCUAUUCGCAAGUAGAAAGGCUAGUUAUUCGGCGAGUGGUACAAAGCAAGAGCCUGUGGCUGGUAUUAACGAAAGAUCGACAUCAAAACUCGAGGUUAUCAACGUUUUACAGCAGAUUCUUCAAAAGCAAGAGGAACUAACAGUCGUGGAAUAUACAGUCAACAACAGCAGGUUCAAAGUCCUUGUGAUCGAAGAUACCGAACUAUAA